AUCUCCAUUGACGUAAAGCAAUGAAGGAAGUCGUCCUAUAUAUAUUACUAAUGCUGACCGGCAAGGGAUACACAAUCUUUCGGAAAACGUACGAGGCUCAUUUCGUAUCUCUUGAGUCAUCGGGCCCAGAGGUGGUCGAUUUGAGUAAAAUUCGAUUUUUGGGACGAGAUCACAGGGCAAAUGGCACUGUGGAGCUAAUGGAAGAUUUGGAUAAUCACUUUACAAUUUCUGCUGAAAGUUUCCUCGAUCCCAACGGCGAUGGCGAGUACAAGCAGCUCCCAUUUUCUGCUCCCAUACAAGAACUCUGCAAGUCUAUGAACUCAUAUUGGUCGUACAUCGAGAGGUCCUUGAAGUACGGAGAGAACACCAACUUCCCCUCCGACACCCGCCCAUGUCCCUUGCCAAAGGGGACUUUCUGGUUCAAGGAUGUGCUCAUCGAUACUGACGCUUGGCCGACAAUGCUGCCGCGAGGCUAUGCCAAGGGUGUGGUUAAACUAUUCAAGAGGGGCAAGUAUAUGGGCAAUGCUACAGUUGUCGCUCACAUUACCAACAUUUCCUAGCCCAUUUAUCGAAU